ACCAUAUCAAUUAUCAAAAUCAAAUCAAAAAGAAGAAAUAAGAUCCAUUUUCAACCAACGAACGAACGAACGAUAACCACACUUUUCUUUCUUUGAAUCAAUCGAUAAUACUAAAUAAUCAAAUCAAAACCUCAUACCUUUGUGAAAUCUCAAUACAAUACACGAUUUCACCCUUCCUUACAACUACUCUCUUUAAUUUCUUAAUUUAGGGUUUCCUCGCUCGCUGCCGAUCAAGAUUUUCUGAUCGGCAAUUAAUUUUUGUUUAACCAAAUUUGAAGAUAUCGUUGUUAAUUUUGUUGUACGUAGGGUUUUGUGGUAACGAUGAACGAUCAAUCUCAGAUGAUGAUGAAUUUGAACAAGAUGAACCAGUCUCAGAUGAUGAAUCCUCAGAUGAUGAAUCCUCCGCCUCAGGUAAUCAACAACCAAUCUCAGCAACAACAACAACAACCUCAGUUACUCUCUCACCAACCACAGAUGAAGAUGAUGAGUCAGAAUCAACAACAGCUUCCUCCUCCUCCUCCUCCGAUGAUGACCCAGAAUCGUGGCGGUGGUGGAUAUAAUAACAAGGUUUGGUCUCAACAGCAGCUUCCUUUGGAUCCUAACAUGAAAUUUCAGAACCCUAAUAUCAAACAUAAUUUUCCUAAUUUGAAGCCGGGAAGAAGUAAUAAUAACAAUAACUGGAAGGGAAAGAAGGUUAGCGACAAGCGCAAAGAUAUUAGGAGAAUGGAUAAACCCAACCAGACUAUUUCCAUGGGUAUUCCAAAUAAUAUUGUUGGUUACCAACCACCAACUCUUCAUGAGUUACAAUCUCAGAAUCGUUUGAAAGCGCGUAAGUUUUACCCUAAGAAGAAGUUUAAUGCUAGAUUUGCUCCUUAUGCUCCUAGGAAUACCACUUCCUUUAUUAUUCGUGCUAAGAAAUCUGGUGGUAUUGCAUCGCUUGUAUCACCUUGUCCUGUGACUCCGGCCGUGUUGCCUACACCUAUUUUGUCUCCUUCGAGGGAGAUUUUGGGAGACAUGGCGAAGGAAGAGUGGGGUGUGGAUGGAUACGGGUCCAUGAAGGGUUUGAUUAGGCUGAGAGAUGUUCAUGAUGAUGAAGAUGAGGAGGAUGGUGGUAGUGGGUCGAGUGAGAGUGAUGUCGAGGAACAUGUGGAGGUGGAAAGGAGGUUGGACCAAGAUUUGAGCAGGUUUGAGAUGAUAUACCCUAAUUAUGGAGGUGGCGACUAUAAUAAUGUCUUAGAGAAUAGGGUAGAUGAUCAAGAUUCUCAUAUAGCACAAUUGGAGGAAGAGAAUUUGACAUUGAGGGAGCGGCUUUUUUUAAUGGAGAGGGAGUUAGGCGAUCUCCGAAGGAGGAUGCUGUUUCUUGAGAGGCAAAACCAGGCUGUGGUUGAAGAUGUUAAUGAGGAAGUGGUGGAGAAUGGGUCUGAUAAUGAAAGUGAAGGGGGGUCUGAUGUUCCUGUCAUGGGAAUUGAGAACAAUGUUGACAUGGUUGAUUCAAUGCUGGAAAGUGGGAGAAAUGAAAACAUUGAGGCCAAUGUUGCUGUUAAGUUAGACAAUGAUGGAGUAUCAGAAGCUGAAGGUGUAGAUGAUGUUUUUAUGGAAGAGUCUGUUCCAAGUGAGGUGGUUUCAAAUCAGGAUGGGAUUAAAAGCAAUGAAUUGGGAGGUGGCUUUAUGUUUGAUGAUGUGAAGGAAGAGAAGGAUAAGCAGAAGAACGAAUUAGCUACACAACAAUGUUUGACAGAUGAAGGUUUUGCCAAGGAAAACGAACUUGUGAAUCGAAAAGAGAGUGGCGAGAAUGAAAUGAUUGAUAGAAAUGACGAAUUGAAAACCCAUGAAGAAGCAAAUGAAAGUAUAGAUGGCUUAGUGAGUGAGACGGAUGAGUGCAAGAAUCAGAUAGUUGGGAAAAGUUCAGAGACUGCCAGAGAUGAUGAUUUAUCUGUUGCUCAGUAGCUGAAGCCGUUCCUCAAGUAGGCUUUUGGGGGAAAGGCUAGUGAGCGAAUUCUACUGCUUUUAAAUGAAUACAUUGUUGGUAUUUGCAGACCCGUAGAUUAGUAGUUUACUUUUAUUGUUUUUUUUUUUAAUUGUAUGGUUUGGUUAAAUGAAAGAUAAGAGAAGGGUUGUCUUCACCGUCACAUCUCUUGGUUUGAGAGAUGCGACUGUAGCUGAGUUUCCUUUCUUCGUCUUUCUUUUCUUUUUCUUCCUUCAGGGGGUGGGGUAUGGGUUUGGUUGGCUAAGUCUCUGUAGAAAAUAGUAGGAGAGGUACCUAAGUUUGCAGGUUCCUUUGUGUACAAGGGAUUAAAGUGUAUGUCAAAAUAUUCUAUGCGGUGGCAUGUAAAGAACCUGUGAAUUUGUAAGGAGAACUAAUGAUUACUGUGUACUUUUUCUACUUUUAGUUAAUGCAUGAAAUUAAUUUUCGUUAUAUUA